AUGAUGGAAAACAGCAAAAAUCUGGAUUCUGAAAAAGUGAAUUCGUUUGAACUUCCAUCUCUCAUCAGGCGUGCAUCAUCAAAUGAAGUGUCUGGCUUUGAUAAUGCUGAGGAGAAUAGAUUUCUCAAUGAUAGGUAUCAACCAAGUGCGCUUCAGCUUACCAGUCCAUCAGCUCAAAGAAUUGAGACAGAUGCCUUAAAAUGCACACUUGAUGAAUCUGAACCCCAAAUUCAUCAAAGUGUGCUUUCUGUUUCUAUUAGCAUGCCAACAUCAGCAAUUGAACUUCAUUUACAUGACAACAAAAGAAUGCUCUUCAGUGGGGAAACAAGUUUCAACAAUGGAAUUCCAGCUUCCUCUGCCACACUUAAAAGUGCUAGCAGCAGCACACUGCCCAAAGGAUUAAAGUUUCACCCACAGCCAAUGCCAAAAAGCUCUGCAUUUGAAGAGGCAACUAAAACUGGACAUUUCCCUGCUCAUCCAAGUAUUGAAAGGUUGAAAGAUAAGAGGUUUGAUACUUUCAAAACAUGGUCCCGGAAACUUGACAGGCAAAUAACACUUCUCGGUGGAAAGACACCAGGGGAAACUGAAUCAGAGAACGUAAUUGUUCAAAUUGAAGAAGUAGAACGUUUACCUGCAGACAGAUACUUUGAUGCAUUAGAAGGGCCAGAGCUAGACACCCUUAGGGCCUCAGAAGAAAUACUACUUCCAGCAGACAAGCAGUGGCCAUUUCUUCUCCGAUAUCCAGUUUCUUCAUUUAGCAUCUGCCUCGGUGUUAGCAGCCAAGCUAUUUUGUGGAAAACCCUGUCUACCUCGGCCUCAAUGAAAUUUCUCCACUUGAGCUUAAUGACGAAUCUCGUACUUUGGUGCAUUUCAGUUGCUCUGAUAGCUAUUGUUGCUUUCAUCUACCUUCUAAAAGUGAGCCUUUACUUUGAAGCAGUUCGUCGUGAGUAUUACCAUCCAAUCCGUAUGAACUUCUUCUUUGCUCCAUGGAUAGUCCUCUUGUUCUUAGCUCUUGGAGUACCACCUUCAUUUGCUAACAACUUGCAUCCAGCAAUUUGGUACAUCCUCAUGACCCCAAUUUUAGGCCUUGAGCUUAAAAUCUAUGGACAGUGGAUGUCAGGAGGCCAGCGUAGGCUUUCAAAGGUGGCUAAUCCCUUUAACCAUCUCGCUAUUGUUGGGAACUUUGUGGGGGCAUUGCUUGGUGCAUCAAUGGGACUCAAAGAAGGACCACUGUUCUUUUUUGCUGUUGGUUUGGCGCACUACAUAGUUUUAUUCGUAACGCUCUAUCAGCGACUUCCAACUAAUGAGACAGUAAUCCCAAAGGACCUCCAUCCUGUGUUCUUUCUGUUUGUUGCAGCACCAAGUGUAGCUUCCAUGGCAUGGGCAAAAAUCCAAGGCUCCUUUGAUUACAGUUCACGGAUUGCUUACUUCAUUGCCUUGUUCCUUUAUCUCUCACUGGUAGUCCGGGUUAACUUUUUCCGAGGAUUUAAGUUUUCUAUGGCAUGGUGGGUAUAUACUUUUCCAAUGACUGGUGCUGCCAGUGCAACCAUCAGGUACUCAAAUGAAGUCACAAACGUGGUAACACAAGCUCUGGCUGUUACACUUUCUCUCAUUGCCACAAUCACCGUCAUUGCUCUUCUCAUAACAACCAUCUUGCAUGGCUUAGUGCUCGGAAACCUCUUCCCCAAUGACAUUGCAAUUGCCAUCAGUGACAGAAAGCCAAACCCAGAGACACAGAAGAAGUGGUUCCACCUACAUGGAAGCUCGGAAGCGAAAGACAUUGAAAAUUUCUUGAAGUCAGAAGAAACAACCUCAGAAAACAAAGAUUUAGAAGCCGCCAAGCCCUCAGACUUUGAGUAACAACAGCUUGUAUGAUAUUAUGUCCGCCACUUGGACAUGGGAGGAACAUGUAUACAGAGUGCAACAUCAUACUAAUUUUGGUAGUGAAUUAAAAAAGACAAAUUUUGCUCAUACUGCAACUGCUCAUCGAUCAAUGUCAGCUCAGUCUACAGUGGCAGAUCCAUGAAUUAUACGAACUUACUUUAAAAGCAUGAUCGAUACAAUAUUUUCUUUCCUGGCACAAGA